AUGGAAUCAUCUUCUAAGUUAGUUGUGUGUAUUUCAUCAACUGCACUCUUCGAUUGCAAUGAGUCACAUACAAUAUGGAAACGUGAUGGGCUCGAAGCAUACAUAAAACAUCAGCGUGAGCACAUUGGUAUUCCUCUCAAACCUGGUGUUGGAUUUUCAUUAGUUCGAUCCUUAUUAGAGUUGAACAAAGUCGUUGAUCAACCUGUAGUCGAGAUUGUUCUUGUUUCACGCAACGAUACAGAGUCUGGACAACGCAUUAGAGAAUCUAUCAAUAAUUACAAUCUUGCUAUUACAAAAAUGUCGUUCACGGAUGGUACGGAUGUCACUAACUAUCUUCCAGCUUGGAAAUGUGAUCUCUUCUUAUCUACAGAAGAAGAACAAGUAAGAAAAGUACUGAAUGGUAUCACUUCAGAUUCAUUCGAGGGUAUAGCUGCUGGCUUGAUAUACAAUAUGACACCUGAGUUAGUACCUGUUCAACCUGCUGUUGUACCUUCUGACAAUUCCAUCAUUAUUUCAAGUGCUACAUCAAGACGUUCUAAUGUUGCAUCAUGGGCAAAAGAUCAAGUUCGUAUUGUCUUUAAUGGAGAUGGCGUACUCUAUUCGGAAGAGCCUGAGUCAAAAAUUACUGAACAUUUUGAGCAAGAAACGGGAUCCGUUUUAUUGACAAAAGGUCCAAUGCAAGCUUUUGCUCUCAAACUGCAAAAUGUACGUCGAGCACUGGGAGGUAAAAACGGAUGGCGAAUACGUACAUUUUUAAUCAUUGCAAAUACUGAUACAAGUAGUGAACGAGUGCUUUGUGCUUUGAAAGAGUGGGGUCUCGAUAUUGACGAGACACAUAUUUUGGAUGGAUCGGAUAGGACACCUUUUCUACGUGUUAUUGAUCCGGCAAUUUUCUUCAAUUAUUUAAAUGAACAUGUUGAACCGAUUCAUCAGGAUAUUCCAGCUGCACAUGUUCCUCACAGUCCUCGGACUACCAGUUGCGCUAGUAUCGAUGAUGUUGCUCUGACAACAUCACGCCAUGUCUUGAGAUCAUCAACAUACAGUGAAGGUGAUUCGAGAAUGAAUCAUUGGAAAAAUUCCUAA